CCACCUAAAAAGAAAAAGAAAAAAAAAAAGAACAAGCGACAAGUCACCAUGGCUUUCUUAAUCAAGAGCAUGAUCGGGAACCCGCUUUCAGGAAUGGGCCUGGGCGGUGGAGGAGAUAAGGAGGAGGAGGCCACCCCCUCGGAUCCGGCCAAGGCGGCGGGCAUGACGCGCGAGGAAUACGAGGAGUACCAGAAACAAUUGGUGGAGGAGAAGAUGGAGAGAGAUGCGGAUUUCUUGCACAAGAAGGCUGAGAGGGCGACGUUGAGGGUGUGCCUCAGGGAAAAGUACAGGCUGCCGAAGAGCGAGCAGGACGAGAACAUGAUCGAGAUGGCCGGCGACGACGUGGACGUGCCCGAGGAGCUGCUCAAGAUGGUGGACGAGGACGCCACCGAGGAGGAGGGCAAGGACUCCCUCAUGGGCCAGAUUCAGAACUUGCAGAACAUGGACAUGGAUCAGCUGAAGGAGAAGGCGUCGGCCACAGUCACCGAGCUCAAGACCAAAGCCGAGGAGAAGUGCGCCGUCAUGUGAGGGAACCUUC